AUCAGCGUCGCACUCCUCUACCACUGUAGAAUGAUGUGUUUAAAUUGCUAGUUUAACUUAGAACAUUCCUAGACCCACGGACAACAUGGAGUCGCGAUCUGCUGAAGUUGUGUACGCUACCCGGUUGAAGUACACGGACCCGGCCACAAGAUGUUUUAUUCUCAACAUUACCCCCGGAGUUUCUGAGAGGCAGCUAGAAAAGCAGCUGAACAAUUAUGGACGUGUUCAGGUUUACACCUACCAACCGGCGACGGUGAGAUUCCCAGGAUGGGCUUGGGUAGGGUACCACCAUCGACAUGGAGUGAACAACCUACUCAGCAUGUCAAAAGCCACUCAGAAAGCAACGGCGGAAUUCACUGCUAAGUUGAAAAGUGAAGCGCCCCUCGAGGAAACUGGAAAGCCGAAACCUGAAGUGGAUACUCUGGAAACAUCGGCAACUCGGGUGGACACCGAUCCUGAAGCUCUUGGCCCGCUCCCGGAAAAGCAAUCCAUUGCAGAGGAACAUGAGCCGUGAUGUACGCCAUUUUCCCAGCAUAUCGCCGUUUUUUUUUGUUUGAGCGUCUCGAGUUAUUUGCUUAUGCAUACUUGCACGUUCUGGCGCAGACUUUCGGACAGUCCCUUCGCAGGUACACGCCGUGUAGUCAAGGAUGCGUUUCAUACCGUUGAAGUCCACCGUUUUGUGCUUUCAGUGACCGUAUUUCCUUUGCGAAUCAGGCAAACAAUGAGUAUGUCCUUGCGUUUGAUUCAACGCAGUACUACGCCAAUUAGUGGGAAGCAGGUCGUCCUUCCCAGCAGCAACACCUUUUCUGAAUCCUACGCGUUUUUUGUGCAAAUUGUCACGGUUGGAGGGGCAAAGCGGGGAUACCCGCGCGUCCCGGUGACUGAAAGAAUCUGUGCAAGCGACAUACUUGUUGGGAAUCUCCUGUAACUGCGGCAGCUGCUGAUGAAUGUCUCCACAAUGGCAGCGGCGUUGUCGACCUAACGAAAGACGUUAGUACUGGAAGGAACAUCACGUACACACCGAUGAUUUCAUUCCUUUUGUGCCCGUGUUGCUCGAAUCAGGUCCGUAGUAGCGCACCUUGUGCUUUAAGCUAACACCCAUAUGGGUAAUGGUCAUGACAUAUCGCUCACCUCUGUGGUUACUCGGCGCGUCGUUCACGCCUAGUGUGGAUGGUACCUGCCGAAAACAGAGUCUAUUGUUGACCAGAAGAUGCACAUUUUAUGUUGU